AGCCCUGAAACCAAAAUUAAAAAGCCCACCUCUCAAACCCGGAGACUCUCUUUUGUAUAUAAUUUGGCGUUUUCCGGCGAUGUUCCGUUUGCCAAACCUAAGUAAUAUGAAGAAUUUCACCAACCAAUGGACCCUCAAAAAUCUCUCUGAGUUUUCUGUAUUUUCUCUCCCGAUAUUGUUUUAGCCCAACCGAUCUGAUCUCCGCCGUUCCAUUCUCUGUCGGCGAGGUUAUGGUUUGUCCCGAUUCCGAACAAACACCACUAAACUCCAUGGCGAUGGGACUCGAGAGAUCGAAGCCGCUUCACAAUUUCACCCUCCCCUUCUUGAAGUGGGGAAAUCAGAGGUAUCUCCGCUGUAUGAAAUUAGACUCCGAUGCCCCUCACACCGAAGACGACGACCUUCCUCCGCCCGUCGAUCGCCGCCCUUCUUCCGCCCACCGGUGGAACUGCCGGAAGUUUCACACGGACAGACCGGCGUUAUUUAAGGAUUCCGGUAAGAGACUUAGGGCUUCUAAAUCCAAGAUCCACGAUAAUUACGAUGGCGAUGAAGAUAUAGCGGCGGUGAGAGAGAAACUCAUGAUUGAUCUAAAAACCGCUGCCGAUAGAAUGAAGGUUGCAUUCUGGAGAGAUGGAGUGGUCGACGAUGAUGAUGAGGAUGACGACGAUAUGACUACCCCGGUGAAACAAAUUCCGGCGGCGCCGCCGCCGGCGUCGGUACCGGCGCCGGCACCGGAGAAGGAGUUAAGACCGUGGAGUUUGAGGGUGAGGAAGGCGCCGUCGAAGGCUCCGAUUGAUACAAUUUCCGAAGGUAGAGGCGGUGGUGGCGGCAAAGUGUUGAAGAUCGAGAAGAGGUCGGAGAAAAAGGCGAUUCGUAAUUCGCCGUUGAGAAGCGGUGACGGCGGCGGUAGCGUGAAGUCCUCAGGGCGGCGAUUGGUAACGGAGAAGAAGGAAAGGGAGAAAUUCUCGGUAUCACUUUCCAAAAAGGAGAUCGAAGAGGAUUUCAUGGCUAUGAUUGAACGUAGGCCGCCGCGAAGGCCCAAAAAGCGGCCCAGAAUUGUACAAAAUCAAAUGGAUACGCUUUUCCCCGGAUUAUGGUUGACGGAGAUCACCGCCGAUCUCUACGAGGUGCCGGAAAUCCAAGAAAACGGAAAGAGAUAGUAACCGGAACCCAAUCGACGAGGAGCCUUAGAAGUUAGACCACCGGCCAGCAACUUGCGUCACUGCUAAGCUAAAUCCAUGGAAGAAGACGUACGACGAAGCUUCAUCUUCUGGAGUCGAGAAAUAAUUGCACAUUGACAUCCAGUUGAUUUUGUGUGUUGUGUGUUUUUGAUUCCAUGGCUAUGAGAACUCUAAUUCUUGUGUAUUAAUUAUAAUUACAUUUCAUUCUUGUGUGUUCUUCCUGAAUAAAGAAUAAUGUUUUUAGUGGAAAAAGAAAGAAAACACAAAUUAAUUUGUUGGGUUUAUGCGAUUAUAGAUCCAAAAUGAAUCCUAAUUCAUUCAUGAAGAUGAAUGAUUUUGUUUGUGGGGUUGAA